CAAGAAAUAUGCUCUACUAGGUUUGUUUAGUUAUUUUGCGCUCUUGUAAGUGCUCGACAAGAAAUAUGCUCUUGCUUUACCGCCGUCUUCGUCCUACCACCGACGUUGGAAAAAUCUCUCAGGUUGGUAACAGAAACUCUUCAGCUGCCAAACGAGCCAGAACCUCUGGGAAAGAUGAUUGGACUUGCCCCAGCUGUGGCAAUGUCAAUUUCUCAUCCGGAACAACCUGUAACAGGCGAAAUUGCACACAACCGAGGCCAGCUGAUCAUAAUUCGAAAUCUACCGUGAAGCCUGCGCAACCUCCCCGAGGUGCAUCACCAUAUAUCGCUCCUAUAUUUCCUACUUCUAUGUUCAUCAGCAAUGCAAGUCCUCCACGCGGAUUCCCAUCUCCAUCAUCAUAUAUGGAUUCUCGAGUGCCUUCUUCUAUGUAUAUGAAUGUGCCACCUUAUUCCUCUCCAAUUCCUCCUCAGCAUGAUGUACCUUUCCUUAGAGGCUCUAUGUAUCCUUAUUAUAGUCCACCGCCGUCUAUAACCGGGCCAGUACCAUGUCCACUUGGGGUUAGAGCUGGACCCAUCGGCUUUCAAUCCACAUCUCCGGAUGUCCCAAAAUUUUAUGGAAUGGACAAAUCGUAUUUUUCAACUCAGUCUGGUACAAACUGGGCAAGGCUGCGUGCAGUGAUCCACGGGGUUGAUGCGGGGGAUGGCCACCACCAGGGCAAGUGAUAAGGGCAUAUUAUACUCAUAUUUUAUUGUGCAAUUCAUGUUA